CAUCUGUUAGAACAGUUCAGUGUCUCCACUCUCGCCGACCAAAUGCCACACGUUGACAUAAGCACUAGCCGCGUCAGUAAGACCUAUCGCCAACGAUCCAAAAUGCAGGCGCUUCAACCGACUGGAAGCUUGUCUUCAAGAGCAAAUGCCUUUUCAGUGAAGUCACUGAUUGCAAACGGCCAAACGAGUGGCACAGUUUCUGAGAGAACAUCGAAAAGCUUAGCAAAAGGUAACGAAGAAGACUUAACGAGUCAUUCACUAGGAAGCCUUCAAGCCAUGCAGAGCCGUGUUCCAUCCAUACCAAUAGUUGAUGAAGCUAAAGGUAUUCGCGUAGAGUUACAAAUGAGGGAUUUGUGGCAAAGGUUCUAUGAUCUUGGCACGGAGAUGAUCAUUACAAAGGCCGGAAGGCGAAUGUUCCCAGCCCUUCGAAUCAAACUCUCAGGCCUCGAUCCACGCGCGCACUACAUCCUCGUGAUGGAUGUAGUUCCUGUGGAUGGUAAGCGGUAUCGCUAUGCAUAUCACAGUUCUAAGUGGGUAGUGGCGGGAAACGCCGAUGCACCGAUGCCGGGACGCGUCUACAUUCAUCCCGAUUCUCCCGCCCUUGGCGAGGAAUGGAUGAGACAAGUGGUAUCUUUCGAUAAAGUGAAACUAACAAACAACGAAAUGGACCAACAAGGACACAUAAUACUUCACUCAAUGCAUAAAUAUCAGCCCAGAAUCCACGUGAUCAAGAAAAAAGACACAAUCGAUGCCUGUGUUGAUGUAGAAAGACCAUGUUCUGAACGAACUACCUUUUCGUUCCCAGAAACCGUGUUCACUACAGUAACAGCCUAUCAGAAUCAACAGAUUACUCGCCUAAAGAUCGAUAGUAAUCCGUUUGCUAAAGGAUUUCGUGAUUCUGGACGUAUCAGGGAUCCCAUGGAGGAGAUAAUGCAUGCGUACUCGUACUACAGACCGCCCGUAAGACAGAUGAUGUUCUCGGAUAUAAGACCAGGAGACAAGACGGGGAAAGAGGGCCAAGACAGCCAAGCUCAAUCGCCUCCUGGUCAGCCACCAAUGAUACUCUACCCUGGAUCAAGUGUAUCAUCCAGCUGGUCUUCCUCAACGACUACUCGUACCCCAACUACAGUGUUAACCACACAGAACACUUACCCGUGUAUCACAUCCAUCCCAUCAGCAGCCUUGAUACCCCCACAGUAUCCCAUGAGCCCUUGCUGUUCUUCGCCAGAUGCAUACGCGACUUUAGCGCAUGCGUUCCAUGUACCAGUCACAGGAUUUAAUCCCUUUACUUCCGGUCCACCCGGAAAUCAAACUAGUCCUCAUCCAAUCAGUCCAAACAGUGCGCACUCACUUCCGGUUUCGCCACACCCUGUGGAGGGGUACCCAGGGGAGGGAUUUAGUCCUAGUCACAUGUAUGGUUCUUUAACGGGCCAAUCUGCUUGCCUUUAGUAUAUUUUUGUCCUUGAAAGUAAAUAAAAAAAUACUGCAAAUUC